GGCAGGAAUACAAUGAUUGUUAUUUAGAAAAUUUUGUGUACAAAAAAUUUUGUAACUCAAAAGUGCAGUUUAGUAUACACAUGUUACUCUUUGUUUAGCCAUCCACUUAUAAAGGUUCAAGUGGAUGGCUCCUAUGCUAUCUCAAAGUGGAUAUGCAACUAGAGAUUCAACAUCUUAGAUUCCUUCAUCUUCACUAAACCUAAAUGCUCAUGUGAAGAGAUGCUAUUCCGAUUUCUGAGUCGUAGCCUAAACUAAUACAAGAUUAAGGCCAGCCCUCUGUUUCCUGCCGAAGUGUGGUGGAUUAGCCACAUGGAAGUUUAGGCAACUCCGAGAGUUAUUGCUGAGCUCAAUGAUUUUAGAUUUCUGCUGAGUUGCGAGUAACAUCUCUCGUAGUUGUUGUGAAGAUGAAGUCUAAAACCUUGCACUUGACAUGGACAAUUUGUGAACCUCUGCGUGACUUGGAUUCAAGUCAUCGGGAACACAUCCCCAUAAUCUAUGACACUCUGACAUCUCGGUGCAAUGAGAGUUUCGGCUCUGAGGACCCUUCCCGAUGGUUACAUUGAACCUACCCAGAGAGGUCCCGGACAUCUACUGCAUCUGUAUUUCGUCUUUGAAAUUUGAGAUUUGUUGACCAGGUCCGAGUGCCUUCUCUACAUCAAGGUUCUAUAUAAACGUGGAAAGACACCUUUCGAUAUUACCCAAGUUUUGAUAGUGAGCAAUAGGCUUCAAGCCUCUUGCUUCGAAUGCUAAUCUCUGACAAUCCACGUGAACGGCUCAUUGUCCUCUACAAGAAGAUGAGAUUAGUUUCACACGCUCUGCACUUUUGGUCUCACCGUUGUCGGUUAUCGCUCAUUGGAGCUCUCUGCUGUGGUCAGGACCAAGGUUUACCAUCCACACGUUAUACACUCUCUGACCAGGAACGAAUACGAGGAAAUGCUAAGACCAGGAAAUGCUUGUACGCGUAUGUUUGUUGGGCCAUUGAUAGAUUUUUGUGCAAGUACGAUUAUUCCCUGGCCAACGAUAUGGAAUGCAAAAUAGCAAAUACCCUCUCUUGGGUUGAAUCAGUUAAGUACUAUUACUUUGCUGAUGCCUGAAGCACAUCAGCUCUGGCAAAGGCAAUCUUUAUCAGCACAAAGAAGGGUCAGCUUCUCAGUACCAUUGCCAGGAGUUUGACAAACGGUUCGGCGGUCUCUUUACCAGUAUGGAUUACCACAACAGAGCUGACGUGCAAAGUUAUUCAAAUUGAAUGAUUUCGGACUUCUAUCUGGAGACAUUGCAGCUCUGUUCUAUCCUGAAAGACACACACCGAAUAGUUCAAACAAACAAGCAAAUAUCACUCCACCUUCCGACACAGUACUGUUAAUUUCUCGUCACAACUUCUAGUGAUGUGACACAAACCAGGUUCGGGCUUUGCGGAUAGUAUCGUGUUACUAUCCAAGCUCUGUAUAAAAUUCAUGAUUUCAGAUGCAUAGUUCAAACGCCUCCCAGCACAACCGGUCAACUUCUACACAUGACCACAUGAAGAUUGUUAAAUUCAAAGGUUUAGUAGCUGAGCUUCUCUCGCACAACAGAUGGCAAGUUCCCUCUUUCACGUUCAUCUGGAACAGAUGACAGAAACAUUUCAUGCGUGUUCCGUUAGCUGUGACGACUCUGCAUGACGUGAAGCGAGGUAUUGAAACUUGGCCAUCCUAUGCAUUACUGGAUCUUAUAAUGCCUACAUUGCCAUCUAUCCAGACUAGCUUUUGGCCUCCGCCCCUGAACUAGCAAAACGUGCACUGCACGUAGACUUUAAACGUGGGAAAGUGCAUAAUUGUGUCGCAAUCUGGACGAUUCAUAAUCAAAGUUAAGUUUGGUACAUGAAGCAGAACAGCAUGCUCGACAAUAAAGAACCUCGAUAAUCUGCAGGAGCAAUGUACACCUUGCGAGCGCCCUCGUGCAGUCUGAACUGGCGUCAACAUUCGUUCCAGACAACCGAACACUCGCCAAACCGACUGAACUUAAGAAUCACUUUCCAGUCAAUCGAGUUAGGAGAAUUUUCCGCACACCCGGCCAGGAAUGAGACACAGUGGGUGAAUUGGGAGCGGAUUGUAAGGGUUAUUAACAUCACCAAGCCAAUCCAAAAGCAAAAAAGAAACAACAGUCGCGGAGUCUGGAAGAGCAACACGUCUUGAUCAUCCUGGAUGAUAGGACUGCAGUAAGGAUUAUCUUAUACGUCGUCAUACCAUCCGGGGUGAUCGAAGCGCAUUGAUGUCCUAGAGAGUGGGGAGAACGCGCGCGGGAGUCCAGCGCCUGCCCCACAAUGCCGUCUCCAGUGAUGCGCCACACGGUCGCAAAGAGGGAGGAAGGGAGAGCGACAGAGCUCACAAUGGAUAGCGUAAACUCCACAGCCAGGAACAAGUACCCGUGCCCCACACGAGCCUGACGGAAAAGCAGACGCUAUCCCUCCUGAGCUUUGUCGCUCUGACCAACCUGAGAGGCCUCGGCAUCGUUAUGUACAAUAUUGGCCCAGAAGGCGAGAGUGUGCCCUUCACAAAAGUGGAGCAGGAGAAUCCUAUCAACAACAUCGGUAGAUCGUCCACUGUGCCACCGAACCCUGAUGGCAGCCUGUAGAAGGCCUCGAGGCGAAGAUUUCCAGCAACGUGAGAGAAAAGAAAGCCAGAUCCGAAAGACGACGGGAAAGUUCUCGCAAAAGGACGCGCAGCAAGCCAAGGGAGGAGAAAGACCGAACGUGGCCGAGGUCCCGGCCGGAACUGGAGAUGGGCGUACCGGGCGCUCGAGAAAUCGCUGCACGCAGCAGGAAGCAAUUCACGACGGGGAGGCUGACAUGAGGGAGUAAGCAAGUGCUCAGCGGACGACUCAUGGCGGAUGCGAGAGCCGUGCUCGACGCCCCGAGAGAGCUGUGACGAUAGGACCAAUGUUCAAUUGGCAGCUCGAGCAAAGGCGACUUCCAACACCACCACCACCACCGACCGAACUCACCGAGGCCUAAUCGCCUGUCCGAGUAGCCCCGCAAGGCAAUGCCGCGAGGCCGACGAUGGAUCAUCUCGCCUUUGCAAGAGCUGACAGAUGAAAACUGGAGAUCCAAGCUCUGCGCACGUCGUCGAUCUCCAUUGCGCUUUCGCCAUUCCGCCUGCUGACAGAGGGGAACUAGU